UGCAACCGGAUGAUAUUCACAUACAAAUGAAAAACAGGAUUAUAGGGAUCCUACAGGAAGGUUACCUGUAAAUAAAAAGUAUGGACGCUAGUAAGGAACCACAAGAUUACCGUCACCGAAGUGGUACUCAGGACCAGGAAACCGAGUACUCUAGUUUGAUAAAUGAGGAUAUAAAUACCCAGAAAAUGAAGGAUUCCAUUAUUGAGUGUCCCUCUGAGAUAAAUGAGGAUAAAACUACACUAGAAAUGAAAGAGUGUGUGAAUAUAAUUGACCACUGUCUUUUAGAAAAUGGAGGUGUUCAGGGCAGAAUAGAGGACAGAAAAGCUAUUGGAACAAUGGAGGAGUCCAAGGAAUCUGACAAACCUGUGGUGGAGAUGGAGGAAGAAAACCCAGCCCCAGAUGGAGGGUUUGGAUGGAUCAUUGUCUUGGGCAGUCUGCUGGUCCAUCUCUUCAUAGGUGGAAUAGAGCGAUCAGCUGGGAUUAUUUAUUUAAAAUUUGAAGACAAAUUUCAAAAGUCUGCUGCUGCGACAGCCUGGGCAACAUCCCUCCCAGCAGGGCUGAGAUUAUCUCUAGGUCCUCUGUGUAGCAUUCUGUGUAACCGAUUCUCCCAUCGAUCUGUGGUUAUCACAGGAGGUAUCAUCUUGUGUAUCAGCAUGAUCAUCACUGCUGUCUCACCCAGUCUAUCUUUCACCUAUUUUAGCUUUGGAGUCUUAGGAGGGAUAGGCAGACUACUAGCGUAUUCCCCAGCUGUAGUUAUAGUAGGCGAAUACUUUAACAAAAGGCGAGGUCUUGCUGUCGGCAUUGCAACAUCAGGUGUUGGAUUUGGCUCCUUCUUGUUCCCUACCAUUAUUGAGACUUUGUUCAACUUUUAUGGCUUCUUUGGCGCCUUUCUUAUCCUUGGAGCUGUGAUGCUGAACAUUUCUGUGUGUGGGUGUUUGUUUAGGCCUCUCUGGCUCCAUAUCAAGAUGAUGGUACAUGACACAAGGGGAAAGAAUAUAAAAGAGUCUGAUGUAGGACCCGAAACAACAGCUUUAUGUGAAGAUGGAUGGGAUAAGCAAAGCAGUGCAAAACUAGAUCAAAAACAAGUAGCAAAGCAAAACGUUGUAUUGGCACCCCAAACAAAAGUGUCAAAAUUCAGGAAGAUGUCUUCAUUCUUUUCUUCAAAUAACGACAGUAAGCCGAAGAAUAAAGUGCUCGAGUUAUCGUUGAUGAAAGAUCUUCGAUUUGCUUCUUUUUGUAUUGCCAUAUUAUUGUUUACCAUAUCAUUCCAGUCAGCCUUUGUUUUCAUACCCGCCUACGCUAAAUCUAAGGGUAUAUCUGAAAUAGAAGCUUCGUAUAUUGUGUCUGUCGCUGGAUUCUUUGAUGGAACUAGCCGUAUAGUUUCUGGGUUUUUACUUGACCUUAAAAGUGUGAAGAAAUACCGACUUUAUAUCUACAACGCUGUACUGUUCCUGGUGGGAUUUGUAUCGUUGGUUGUACCUCAGCUCGACACCUUUGUGGAGCUCAGUGUACUUUGUGGUGUGUAUGGACUACUGGUCGGGACCUACAUCUGUCAGAAAUCUGUCAUCAUUGUGGAUAUUCUUGGCGUGAAAAAACUUGUUAAUUCGUUUGGGCUACUGAUAUGUUUCCAGGGUAUCGGCAUGUUUCUUGGUCCACCUAUUGCAGGUUUUAUGAAAGAUGUCAAUGGUCACUACGACAUCGGAUUCUAUUUUGGUGGAGCAUCGAUGUUUUUGGGUGCUUUGGUUUUAGCACUCGCCAACAUCAUUCAUUAUCUGAGAUUGAAGAAACGAAAUUAUCCACAGCUGCUACAUGCAAUGCUCACGGGGAUUUCACCAGAUUCUAAAUGUAACUGCAAUAUAUGUGUGUGUGGCGUAUGUGCUGUACUAUUUAAGAUAACCAUGGAAAACAAAGGCAGAUACCAUGAUGAAAAUGAAGUUGAGGAUUCAAUGACGGAACAAUCCAUCUUGAAAGAUUUCGAGUCACACAGGAUCAAUGACUUGGACAUUGAGCAAUCUAUGAUUGUGAAAAACGGUACAAAAUCGCAUAGAACAGAUGAUUUAUACUCAGAGACGGAAACUUCAAUGUUAAUGAAUGGAGAUUCCGAGAAAGUGUUUAAACCUGCACCAGAUGUCGCUCCGGGAGGGGGACUUGAUGACGAAGAAGGAGUUGCUGGUAUCAUUGAGGAGACAAAGGAGGAUGAGGACAUAAACUUAGCUCCAGACGGAGGAUAUGGUUGGUUCAUUGUCCUGGGCAGUGUGAUGGUUCACCUCUUCAUAGGUGGACUUGAGAGAUCAUCAGGUAUAUUGUUUAUCAAACUUGACGAAAAGUUCCAACAAUCUGCCGCAGCCACUGCAUGGGUGCUGUCGCUUUCUUCGGGUUUCCGAUUGACUCUUGGGCCUAUAUGUAGCGUGCUGUGUAACCGAUACUCCCACAGGUCCGUGGUUAUAACUGGAUCGCUUCUUGUCUGUAUCAGUAUGGUGGCCACAGCGUUCGCACCCAACCUCACAUUCACAUACUUCAGUUAUGGAGUUCUAGGAGGUUUUGGUAGGUUGCUCGCCUAUGCUCCUGCUGUGAUUAUAGUGGGAGAAUAUUUUAACAAAAAACGAGGAAUCGCUGUCGGUUUGUCAACAUCUGGAGUGGGUUUCGGAUCCUUUCUCUUUCCUACCAUGAUCGAAUUCUUCUUUACGUUUUAUGGUUUCUUCGGCACGUUUCUCAUUCUUGGGGCUGUGAUGUUACAUCUUGCUGUAAGUGGAUGUCUCUUUAGACCCCUGUGGCAACACAUCCAAAUAACUGCGCAUACUACAAGGAGAAAACUUUCUAAGGACACAGAAUUGGGAACAGAAUUGAUGGCGAUGAAUCAGCCUGAACCUAGCCACAAAUGUGAUACAGAGAUUAAUAACAAACAAUCGUCAAUUCAGCAGCCAAAUAAUAAUGAAACUAAUCUAACUAAAAACAAAUUUUCCUUUUCGUCCCGUAAAUCAGAAAGCAAGCCUAAACGUCAAAUAAUGAAUUUUUCUCUGUUAAAAGAUAUACGUUUUUCAUGUUUUUGUGCUGCUAUAUUACUGUUUACGAUAGCGUUUCAGUCCGCGUUUGUGUUUAUACCACCUUACGCUAAGUCUAAAGGGAUGAGUGACCUCCAGUCGUCGUAUGCUAUAGCAAUCGCCGGAUUUUUUGACGGUGUAGGUAGGAUACUUUCAGGAAUUGUAUGUGACUUAAAGAAAGUUAAGAAGUAUAGAGUAUACAUCUACAAUGUUGUUAUGUUCUUUAUUGGGGCUGUGUCAUUUAUAGUGCCGUACAUCGACACAUUUGAGGAACUUUGUGUGGUGUGUGCUUUUUACGGAUUAACGGUAGGAACAUACAUUUCCCAGAAGUCUGUCGUCAUUGUGGACAUUCUGGGCGUGAAAAACUUGGUGAAUUCCUUCGGAAUAUUGAUAUUUUUCCAAGGAAUCGGCAUGUUUCUGGGCCCGCCAAUAGCAGGUAUCAUGAAAGAUAUAAACGGUCAUUUCAAUGAUGGCUUUUAUCUUGGAGGAGCUUGCAUGAUUUUUGGUGGCUUGAUUUUGACAGCAGGAAAUGCACACCACCAUUUGAGACAGGACAAGAAAGAGCAUUGAAAGUCAAAUAGAUUGGUACAGAAAACACAGUAAAUAUCUCAAACAUAAUCUUCAUAAUAUUCAUAAUUAAUCGCUUCUAAAAUUUGUGUGGACCCGUUUAUUCUUUUUCAUUUAUUUGAAUAUACUUUUUUCGAAACAGAUAUACUUCGUUAGAUAUAAACAUGGUUUCCUCGUUGACAAAGCCAAUCUACAUUUAAUUUCAAGGAAGAAUCAGACCUCUGCUUAACGUUUUUGUUAUGCUUGAUAGUAUUGCCAUGAAACAUAUGUAUGGUUAAUUUUUGUGUACAUUGUAUAUAAUAUACACGACUAUACAUGACUUUAUAAGUAAACACGACAUAUUAACGGUGCUCCCUUUCCUUUAUCUCGAUAACUUUACCAUUUAACUCGAAGCUAAAUGACAUUGACUGUGUUCGAUUUUUACGUGAAAAUGGCGGAUUGUUAAUAUACAAAAGCAUUUCUAUUUUUGUUUUCACGUGUAACUUGUAUGAUACAAGUCAAGAAAGAAAUACUGUUUUUUUACUGAAACGAAUCGUCUUAUUUUGUAAAUUAGAAAUCUCAUAUCACUUGAGGUAAAGUAUACAAACAUAUAGUAUUGAAACUACAGGGUAUGAUUUAUUGAUGGUGUAAAUGUAUGUAUUAAUUUAUGUGUUAAUUUUUAAUGAGAUGGAUACAAAACAAAGACUGUGAAAGUUGUAUGACUAGGGUGGCAUCAGGGAAUAUUUAUGUAAGUUUUAUAACUAAAGUGGCAUCAAGAAAUGAAUGUGUAAGUUUUAUAACUAAAAUGGCAUCAAAGAAUGAAUGUGUAAGUUUUAUAACUAAAAUUGCAUCAAGGAAUGAAUGUGUAAGUUUUAUAACUAAAGUGGCAUCAAGAAAUGAAUGUGUAAGAUUUAUAACUAAAAUGGCAUCAAAGAAUGAAUGUGUAAGUUUUAUAACUAAAGUGGCAUCAAGAAAUGAAUGUGUAAGAUUUAUAACUAAAAUGGCAUCAAAGAAUGAAUGUGUAAGUUCUAUAACUAAAAUUGCAUCAAGGAAUGAAUGUGUAAGUUUUAUAACUUAAGUGGCAUCAGGAAAUGAAUGUGUAAGUUUUAUAACUAAAAUUGCAUCAAGGUAUGAAUGUGUAAGUUUUAUAACUAAAGUGGCCUCAAGAAAUGAAUGUGUAAGUUUUAUAACUAAAAUUGCAUCAAGGAAUGAAUGUGUAAGUUUUAUAACUUAAGUGGCAUCAGGAAAUGAAUGUGUAAGUUUUAUAACUAAAGUGGCAUCAAGGAAUUAAUGUGUAAGUUUUAUAACUAAAGUGGCAUCAAGAAAUGAAUGAGUAAGUUUCAUGACAGGAGUGGCAUCAAUGAAUGGAUGUGUAAGUGGCUGUGCGAGUUUUGUGGCUAAAGUGGCACCAGUGAUUGGCUGUGUAAGUUUUGUGACCAAAGUGGCAUCAAUGAAUAGCUGUGUUGGUGAUUGUGUGAGUUUUGUGACUAAAAUGGCAUCAAGGAAUGAAUGUGUAAGUUUUAUAACUAAAAUGACAGCAAGGAAUGAAUGUGUAAGUUUUAUAACUAAAAUGGCAUCAAGGAAUUAAUGUGUAAGUUUUAUAACUAAAGUGGCAUCAAGAAAUGAAUGUGUAAGUUUCAUGACAGGAGUGGCAUCAAUGAAUGGAUGUGUAAGUGGCUGUGCGAGUUUUGUGGCUAAAGUGGCAUCAGUGAUUGGCUGUGUAAGUUUUGUGACCAAAAUGGCAUCGAUGAAUGGCUGUGUGGUGGCUGUGUGAGUUUUGUGACUAGAGAGGCAUCAAGGAUGUAUUGUACGAGUAACCAUCUGACCAGAUAAAUGUCUAGGAAUACCCGGUCGUAACAUUUUAUCUAGAGAUCUUCAAGGAAUACUGAUGUGAUAGAGUGGAAUUCUUUGUUUGAGUGAUCUUUAUCAAUAUUAGCUAUCGUUUCAACAGUACGUGUAUUUACGAGCUAUGUAUAGAUUGUUACAUUUAAGGUUGUAAAAUGUUGUUAAUAUUGGGAAGGUACUUAUACUAAACAGAACUGGUGCAGAGCAAUAUAUUGUUCAUAAUUGUUAUGAAUUAUGUUUUGAAAUGAAAUAAAAUAUACAAUG